CCCUCAUGAAUAAACAGAAAACACAGGAAAAGGGAAAGCAAGAAGAAACUCACAACUAUAUCCUUUAUUCAGAAUCUGCAAAAGUUCAUAGUAACUUUGACAAAUUGGAUAAUAUGGUUGAAGUUGAGUCACCUAGCUCGGUGCAAGAGAUUCCAAGGUCUCAGUCUGGAAAUAAGUCACACUCUUCUAAGAAACCACCUCCUCCAAGUCACGGUACUACUUCUUGGUUUGGUAUGUUACCAGCGUCGUUCACAAAGCUGUUUGGAAAAAGACAAAGUGAAUCUUCUUCUCAGCAACAGAACAAUGGUCUGAGAAGACACUCAGAGCCAGGUCACCAAGUGUCUCAUGAGAACAAUUCUACGAUAGGGAAAAGCACUUCUUAUCCAGAAAAGAUAAAUAGAGAUACAACAACUGUAACAGGAGAAGAUAUCUAUAAAGGCAAAGAAGGAACUGAAACUUCACCAAGAAAAGUUCAUCAUACUUUGCAUAACCAGGAAACUGUGGACGAAGAUGGUAAUCCCCACGUGGGAACAGCUAACGAGUCAGCAAGAGAAUUACCUUCCAAGUGGCUUCCAAAGGAAUCUGAUCCGCUAUUUCACUCAAAACAGGAAACCAGAGGUGUAACAACUUCCCAAUCACAUGACGAGUUUUUAAACAAAAUUGGACAUCCUCGUAGACAUUCAGUUGCAGAAGAAAGGAGAAGUUUUGAUUCAGCUCAUAAUAGUCAUCAACUAUCUCUCUCUUCGGAUGAGAGUACCCCUUCUUCUUCGCGCUCUCGGUCACGUUCACCUUCUGGUGUUGGCCACUUGUCUAACAGAAGCGGAAGCAAAGAACCCAAGUUUAUCGUUCCUGUAACAGGAGCCCGCCAACUACGUCCUAAUGAAAUCAGUCGUCACAAAUAUGUAGAGUGUUUAAAACAGAAAUUAGUUCCCACAGAAUUUGUUUAUAAAGGACUCGCAGAACAAGUCUUAUUAAUGGGAGAUUGGCUUGAAUGGGACGCUAUUCCUUUGCAAUGGGAAGAGGAAGAUGACUUCUUUCGAGUAGUUGUUGAUCUUCCUGUUGGCGAACAUGAAUUUCGUUAUGUUGUGACCCCCAAACAGGAAAAUUUUGCUAGUCAUGAAAAUACUCACAAGAAUAAUAGCAAAUAAGGGACGUCCAUCUUUGGUUUCGGGAAUAGCAAAAAUAGAAAUAUAUGAGAGGCGCUGUAUAGUAAAAAUGGUUCAAUUCUA